UUCAUCAUUAUCGCCACCAUUUUCUUCAACGUGUUCGACACACCGAUUCGAGCAUUUGAUACCUUCGUUGUGGAGCAAUAUCACGGAUUUAAUCAUCAAUCCGUCAUAUUUUUCAUCAAGGAUGAACUGAAAAUAAAUGCUGUCGAAGUCAUGAUUGGUCUCCCAAUAGGAACGAUUGUAGUCUACAUUGUGAAAGUGACGCCCCACUUCUACUGGUACCUUUGGGCCGUGUCUCUCCUCAUGAUGGCAUUUUUUAUCGUUUUAUACCCAAGAUGGAUUCUUCCCCUGUUCGACGAGCACGUGUCCCUCCCGGAAGGACCGUUGCGACGUGGGUUGACUCAACUUGCAGAAAAAUGUGGCUUUCCACUUAAAGAUGUCGUCAUAUUGCGAGAAUCCAACAGAACGGCACACACGCUGACGUAUUUCGUCGAGUUUGACCGAAUUGUCCUCUCAGACAACUUUCUGAGAACGUAUUUGAUCGAGCAUGCCAGUGAAAAUGCCGUGGUCCACCCGUCCCCUCAAACGAGGGCGGAAAUUCAAGCCGAACAGGAUUUGAGAGGGGUGGGGUGCACGGAAGAGGAGAUUGUGGCCUUGGUGGCGCAUGAAAUGGGGCACUGGAAAGCAAAUCAUUUAUGGUGGAACGUCCUCUUAGCCUUUGUCAACUUGGGUUGCUUCUUUGGUGCAUUUUCAGCCUAUUACAACUCAUCCGUGAUGUACGAAGCGUUUCACUUUCCAAAAGCGUCCAAGAAACCGAUUCUUAUCGGACUUUUCAUCGUUUUCAACCACAUUCUGGACACGGUGAAUUUCGUCACGGACCUCGCACUUCGAAAAGUUGCGAGGGUCUGCAUCCUAAAAGCGGACUUAUUUGCGGUCAAGCUCGGAUAUGGUGAUCCCCUCCGGAGGGCCAUUCUCAAAACGAAUAUCGACGACUACAACAUUGGCGAAUUUGACCCAAUAUACACGUUUUACUUUCUGGAUCGACCCUCAUUAAGCGAACGGCUUCAAUUAAUAGAUGCCCAAUUACGCAAAAUGCAAUAA